CCCUCCGCGCCACGCGGUCGGCCAGCCGGGGAGCCGCCUGCAGGGGCGCCGCGCAGGCCCGGGCGAGCCUCUGGCGCUUCUCGGGGGGUUUCAUUUCCGUCUGUCCACAUUCGAGAUGAGAGACGGAUGAAUACAGUGUGGAGGAGUCCUUGCAGGGGAAAGAGUCCUGUUCAGGCUCUUGGUCCAGAGAGUCUCUUCGAGACCAAGAGGGACACACGAGGGAGCCUUGGACAGAGCUCGGUUGUUGUUGUUGUCUUUUAAAUCGUGGGUUGCCCCUUCAUAAGACUGUUCAAAAAUGACCUCUUUAGCCAACAAAGACUCUUAUUUACAGCACUUGGCUAAGAAAAUUUGCACCCGGGAAGUUCAGGAGCCACGAAAAAGGAAAUCGGGAACUGGGUCAGGGGAGGAUGAUGCUCAGCCAAAGAAGAAGAAAAGAAAGAAGCUAAAGAAGCAUGCCCAGGGCAUGGGGGGCUCCCCUCCAGGCAAGCCAGUGGUGGCAGACAUCUGCAAAGCAGGGGCUAAGCCAACAGUGGCAAAAGCGAAGAGCUGGAGUCCUGCUGUCCAAGUGGCAUCUGACGCCAGCAAAUUGGCCGCUGUUGCGGAGAAAGGCCAGAAUGGCAUUACAGGUGGCAAGAGCGGGCCUUAUUCCUUUUCUGCCAUGACACUCUUGCGUCAGAGGCUGCAUGAGAAAAUGCAAGACGUCUCCAGUCAGGGAAGGUCCAAAGAGCUGUCAGCGGCUGUGCUGAAGAAGCAGCAGCGAAGGAAAUAUGAGAGGGAGAGAAAGAAGCGCCGGAGAAAAGAAUUAAAGAUGAAGGAAAAAACUGAAAAGAAGGAAGCCGGAGAAGCAUCACCGGCAGCCAUUUUGGAGAUCCACGCCCCUAAGAGUGAUGACAAGUCUGGGAUAGUCUUCAAUAAGGUUGAAGUGCCUGAAGAGCAGCUGAGCAAAGUGGAGAAAAGGAAGCAGAAGAGGAAGGCUUUGAAAGGGAAUCUCACACCGCUGACAGGAAAAAAUUACAAGCAGCUGUUGAGCCGGCUGGAGACUCGGAAGAACAAGUUGGAAGACUUGAAGAACAAGGACGAGAAGAAGGCCCAGGAGCUAGAGACAAAGAUGAAGUGGACCAACGUCCUCUACAAGGCCGAAGGUGUCAAAAUCCAUGACAACGAGGACCGACUGAAGAAGGCCCUUAAGCGGAAAGAACAACGCAAGGCCCAGCGCCAGAAGCAGUGGGAGAAACGGACUGAGCAAGUGGUGGAGAAGAUGCAGCAGCGGCAGGACAAGCGCCGCAAGAACCUCAAGAAGAAGAAGCUGGCCAAGGUGGAGCGGAAGAAAAGCAAGGCCCGCAAGAAGGGCCGUGUUUUGCCUGAGGAUCUGGAGAAAGCUGGCUUCUAGCAAACUAAACUCCAGUGGAUGAUUUCACCUGGUCCAAAGUGGAUUAUUGUGGGAACUGCCAAUAAAACACUUAUCUGAAA